AUGUCGAUUAAUAUCGAGAAUCUUCUCGAACAAAUCAACCGAGGUGAUGAUUUAAAUGAACUUCACUUGAAUAAGUUCUCCAAUGAUCUAUUACACAACCAAUCGAGUAAUGCUGCUUGUCGUAUUUUCUUGGCUUUGUGUAGUACACAAAAGAUCGUAUCCGAUGAAAUCUUUGAAAGAAUUUGUCAAGUUAUUCUCAAUGAUCAUGAACAAUCAGCAAAAGAAAACGCCAUUCGAGUAAUUGACUUGUUGGUUCAAAAUGAUCGUAGUGCAUCACAGUCAUGUCUAUAUGCUCUGACAAAAGCAUUGCAAAAUAAACAAUCGACUAUUUUGAGGAAUUAUGCCUCGAAAAUUCUUUGUACUCUAAUUCAAAAACAAAGCUGUAUACAUUUGAAUUCUUCAUUGUUAGACGUGAUGUGUGAUGCAUUACAUGAUACUUCAAUUACUGUUCAAAAGCAUACAUUAGAAUCAUUUGAAGAAUUAGUACAAAAAAACCCAUCUACUAUCUCUCAGCGGGUGAUUGAUAAUAUGACAGCGUAUUUGUCGAAAAUGGGCCAAGAUAUCAACAAGAAUUAUGUCAAAUGUGUUUCAAUAACUUUAUUUUUUCAGAAUUUAUUACGUCAACCAGUUAAAAUCAGCGGAGCUCUUCUAUCGAUCUUCUCUGAAUUUGCAGUUUUUGAUGCUUCCGAAGAGAAGAAGCUGUUAAAUCGUUUUGCAUUACAGAUUCUUCAAAAGGUGAUGGAACAUCGAUUGAUUCAUGGAAAUUUACCAGACCAAGUCUUCAUUAAUCUAUCGACAUGUUUCAAUUUAAAAUCUUUCGAACAUAAAGAAUUAUUUCAACACUGUCUACGAAUCCUAUGUACUUUAAACGAUGAUCAAUUGAAAUUAACACAACUGAACGGAUGUUUAUUAAAGAGCUAUCUGAAAGAAACCAAUCUCGAAGAAAAUUUACGAAUAUACAUAACAAUUUUGUUCGGCAAUUUAUGUAAACUAUUGUACAAAUAUGCCGAUGGUGAAACGAACGCAACCAUCAUUGAAGACACCAUUGAUAUAUUCAUCGAAAGACUCGAUCAAGACAAACUACUACAAAGUUCCAUUUAUGUACUGAGAAAUAUCGCUGAAUAUGAACAAAGCUAUUUAUCCAUAUAUCCUCUUCACAAAUUUGUCUACAUAUUGAACCGAGACGACGUUCACAAAGAAGUCCGUCAAUAUGCUUGUUUAAUACUUCGAUUUUCUGUCGAAACACGACAGAUACUAACUAAUUAUGAACUCGAUGCAUUAGAAAAAGCACUCAAUGAUUCUGAUUCAACAAUAUCUCUCACUGCUCUUCAAGCAUUUCAACAUUUAUUCGAAGAGUAUCAUAGGAAUGCCGAUUUCAUCGAACCGUAUGUGAACAAACUGUGCACAUCCGCUGCGGAAUUGAUUUUCAAUUCUAACGAAAGUUUCACUUUGAACGCAUUAGAUUUAUUACAAACAGUUCUCAAGCACAAUUUAAAACACGCGUUUUCACAUGAUGAAAUCGCAAAUCUUUGUAUUGGCCUGCAAGCAAAUCUCGACUCAUCAAUUCGGCGAUCAAUUUCCAAUAUUUUGCAACAAAUAAUCUCCAAACGAUUCGAUGUUCCAUCAUAUGCACUUAUUUUACUUCGGUUGGAAAUGCUAACCGAACAAUUUUUACGAAAAGAAAACAUCAGUACAAACGAUUGUGAAAUAUUCGAAAAGAACAUAAUCGAAUGUCUUCAUGACAAAUCAUUCGAUAAGAGAAUGAUUCCAAUUAAUCUACUUAGAGCAAUCGAUGAGCUACUGAAAACCAAUUUACCUAAGGAUUCGAGGUUAACAUCAAUUUUGCUUCAAUGCGCAGAAAACAAUCUGAAUUUUCCAAUCGAUCUUAUCGAGAUUCUAUUUAAACGCUUUCGAAUAACCAAAUCGCAAAUUUUAAUGCAAAUUUUACAUCAAAUCAUCGUUCAGAACGGACAAUCAUUAUCCGAAAAGUUUCUUCAACAAUUUCAAGAGUUUUUCGUUCAGAAUUCAUUUUCUUCGAGUUACACUAUAGACAUAUUGAAAUUUUUGAUCAACAGAAACCAGAUUCAAAUUGGUAUCAACAUCUACAGCAAAUUGAUUGAUAUGUUGAACGAAUCAAGCGAUUCGUAUAUCGAAAGUGUUCUUCUUGAAACAUUGGCUUGUGCUUUGCAAAAUCCUCCUUCGAACAUUGGUCUUCUGCUUAACCGACUUUUGGAAUUAGUUGAGAAGUCUUUUCAAUCGACCUCGUCGACUAAACAAACAAAAUAUUCGUCGUGUUUAGCGAUACAUGCUCUUCUCAGACAGAAAGUAAAUCUGUCGAAAUCAACAUUAGAUUUACUUAAAAAGAUCUAUGAAGAAGACGAUGAUUUCGAAUCAACAGUUAAUCUUCGAGAUAUAGCAUUGACUAUACUCAAGGAAUAUCUACCAAAUGAUAAUGAAAUUAAUGAUUUUGUGAAUCAAAGGGAACUCGAAGCAAAAAUUCUCGAUUAUGAAGAUCCAUCAAACCGUUUAGAAGCUGGAAAACGAUUCUUAUCACUUGUUCAAAAUCAAAAUCGACGUCUAUCGAAGUUUCAAUUGGCAAAUCUGGAACUAUCUCUGAAUUUUGCAAAUUCGUCAAUCGAAUAUAAGUUCAUUGUUUUGAGCAUCUUUCAAUACCAUUCCGCUGAUUUGGAAGCAACACAAAUCACAUCACUUUUUGCUUUUAUUAAUAAUAAUCAAUUGAAUACGAAGGUGAUUGAAAUCUGCAAAGUAUUGGUCGAUAUGAAGAGAUCGUUUUCUGAUGAAGUACUACAACGAUUAACUGCGUUUGUGUUCGAAAAUUCCAACCGAGCUCUACGAGAUUCAAUCAUCGAUUGCCUGGAGCAAAUCACUAAAUAUCAAUCGAUUUCUAAACCUCUAUCCGAUCGCAUCCGACGGGAAAUUCUCUCGAAAGUUUUACGCGAGACAAAAGGUGAUUUGUCUAAGAAAAAGAAUGCAUGCCUUCAGUUGAUUGCCGAACGAGAUAAGUUAUCUUUGAACACAAUAGAUUCACUGGAAUAUCUGUUAAAAAAUCCAUCGGAAAUGAAACAUAUCGAGAAAGAAGUUUUCGAUCUUAUCGAUUUAGCGAUCGAACAUCAUCAAAAGCUGCCAGUCACCUUCAAUGGUUAUCUCAGUCGAUUGAUUGAAGAUACUUGUAUGAAUCAAAUUCAAUUGAUUUCAACCAUGAAUCGCCUUUCAAUUCAUUGCGAACAAACCUUUACACAGGAGAUCUUCGACAAUGCACAGAAAUACUUCGUUGAAAAUUUCGAUCAAUCAUUUGAAAUUCUUCUUCAAGGUACGCAGAAUGGUUGUCAUUUGAACCCAACAAUGAUUCAUUCUCUGAAAACAAACUCUUCUUCAAAUCAACAUGAAAAAGUUCUGAAAAUCCUCAAAAAUCAAAUUAAACAUGAAUUCUUACUCGAAGACGACAUCAUUCAAUACCUUGAAAACCAUUUCAAAGAUUAUCCUCAUUUAGUACUGAAUGUUCUCAAAUAUCAGCCAGUUUACCAACCAUCAUCAGCGAUGCAAUCGGAUCUUCAAAAUCUUUUAAUUAAACAUCCAUUCUUCUUCCAAUUUGAGCUCAUCUUAAAUCGAAUUAUGGAUCUACCAAUUCAAGUUCGAUUGCAUUUCACCCAUAUUUUCUUUCUUCUCAAACACAUGCAACUCGAUAUUGUUACAGUCUAUCCCUUGAAACUCAUCUGUCGACAAUUAUUAUGCUACGAUCUGUUAGGACAAAUUGCUCAACGAAAGAAGUAUGAAAAAUUUGAUGAAUUGGAAUUUUAUACGAACUUGAACCAGCUGGAGGAAUAUUUCUCAUUCUUACCGUAUUCAGUUGAACGAGAUGAGCUUCUGAUCUAUCUUAUCGAGCAUUCGUCGAUAUUUACUCUAAAAGAAAUUAGUAAUAUUUUAUGUUUAGCAAAAACGAACCCGGCAGCAUUGAACAUACUUUUCAAUUCGUCACCGAAUGACUGUCUGAAAAAUCUACAGAUCCAUUGGAUCUAUUUCAUCGUCAAUCGAUAUUCUUAUAUGAAACUCAAUGAAGAUAUUUAUCUGACAGAUAAUCAAGCCGAUCAGAUACUCGAUCUGUUGUUCACAAAACUUCAGUUUAGUAUCUCGUUGAGCAAACAUUUUCUGCAACGACUCUAUCAGAUUGAAGAUUUCAAUGAAUUAGUUGCAUUUUUAACAUAUCUUUAUGAGAAAAAUGUGUCGGAUGAGAUCAAUUUGAGUGAUUAUUUCACGGAAGAAAUCAUUGCGAAGGAUUUAUUCUCCUGGUUGUUGGAUAUUCAAAGUGAUUUGAUUCGCAAGAAGAUUUUCGCCGUUUGUCAGCAGCGGGGAUUCAAUGAACCAAAAGUAUUUGAAAAUCUCCAAUCCAUGAUUUUGUCUAUCCGACUAAAUAGCUGGUCAUUUGAAAUAUUUGAAAAGUUCAUUGGAAUUUUGGAGACUAAACAAGACCAAUCAUUCCACCUCAUCGUCGAAAAUCUGAUCAAUUCAUUGAUGGUAAUAAACAAUUUUCAAAUAUCGAGUGAAUACGAAUAUAAAAUUGAGUCGAUAUUCGAAUCAACACCAAGUCACGACUGGUCAAAAGAAAUGCACCGAUUUGCUUUGUCCGUGUCAUUCGAUCGGAAUGAGCAAGAAAAAACCUUGACAGAUUUGAUCGAUGAAAUCAAAAAAUUAAAUGCUUUCGACAAUCCAAAGAUUGUAGGUGUCGAAAGGAUCUAUCGUGAACUGACAUUAGUCUAUGAUUCUGACUCAGAAUUCUAUCCUAUCGGAAAAGCAAUUAAGAUUUGGAAUGAAGAUGAGAUCACUGAAUGGUCUGCUCAAUACAAAUCACACCGAGUUGAAAAGUCUGAUAGGACAGCGUUCGAAUUAAUCGGUGUUAUUAGACGUGCUAUAUAUUUACACAAUCCCAAACAAAAACUCGAACCUCGCACUAUACAAAUCAUCUCUUUGUUAUUACUCUUAGAUGCUUCCGAGAAGCACAUAGCUCGUUUAGCACAAAUCAAAACAGGCGAAGGCAAAAGUGUAAUCAUAGCCAUGUUCGCAGCAGUGAAAGCUUUGAACGGACACCAAGUUGAUAUCGUUACAACAUCGCCUUUGCUGGCUAAACGUGAUGCCGAGAACAAGAAAGCAUUCUAUGAAAUGUUGAACUUAACCGUUGGAGAAAACAGUGGCACGUCAACGGUAAAAAACUGUUACAAAUGUGAUGUUGUCUAUGGGAAUGUCAAUGAGUUUCAAUUUGAUAUAUUGAGAGAUGAAUAUAGCCUUUUAGGUACACGUUGUGGACGAAAAUUCGAUAUUGCGAUUGUUGAUGAAGUUGAUAGUAUGUUUAUUGAUGAGAAUUCCAAAGUUUGCCGUUUAUCUAAUAACAUACCGGCUAUUGAUGAAUUAAAGAUCAUUUUAACCAUUAUCUGGCAAGAACUGAAUCGAAUACAUGAACGAAUUGUCCGUAUAGACAAUAAAUUAUACUGUAUUAUGGUACCUUAUCGAAUAGAUGAAAAUGGACAGAUUAUACUAAUGAAAGCAGUCGAGGCGGAUGAUGAUGGAAAAAUUCUUGAGAAUGUUGCUGUUGCCGAUGACAAUCAAGAGAAUUUUCUUGAGAUUGAUGAUGCGUAUGCGUUUGUUGAAAAUCACAUUCGAAAUUAUGUUCAGAAUAAACUAUUAAAACCAAAUGAAAGCAAUGAAUGUCUCAUUCAUAUCCCAAAGCAUUUGUUUUCUUUUGUUGAACAACAAAUACCAAAAUGGAUAUUCAACGGCUGGCAAGCAAAAUUUGCUUAUCGAGAAAAUAUUGAUUAUCUAAUCGCCGAGGACAAAAGCAAACGAAAAGCGAUCGUGCCGAUAGAUUAUCGAAAUACAGGUAUUAUACAAACGAAUACGUCGUGGCCUGAUGGCUUACAUCAGUUUUUACAAAUCAAACAUCAAUUACGGAUUACUGCAGAAAAUUUAACAACAAAUUUCUUGUCAAAUAUUGCAUUUUUCAGUCGAUAUGGAACAAAUCUGUUUGGUCUGACAGGUACGCUUGGCACGCAAGAAGCGAAAGAUCUAAUCCAUUGUAUCUACAAUGUGGAUUUUAUUAUCAUACCAUCGUUUAAAUUUACUCAAUUUGUUUCAUAUCCGGAUCGAUUAUGCCAAUCGGACGACGACUGGUUGAAUGAAUGUAUAAACUCAAUUUCAAUCGAAGCCAAACAGAAUCAACGUGCUGUUCUAGUCAUAUGUGAAACCAAAUCGAAUGCAACGACACUCUACGACAAACUAAUUGAAAAAGAUAAUCAGCUAAAAAAAUUCAUUAAACUUUAUACACGAAGUGACAACGACGAACAGAAUGCAAUCGAGAAUGAGCUCGACUGUGGACAAAUUAUCGUGGCAACCAAUCUUGCAGGUCGAGGAACAGAUAUUGGGACAACGCACCGAGUUGAAGAGAAUGGAGGCCUUCAUGUCCUGGUCACAUUCUUACCAUUGAAUACGCGCAUAGAACAGCAAGCCUUCGGUCGAACAUCGAGACAGGGUAAACGAGGUACUGCACAAUUGAUCGUUUACGAUUACGAAAAUAAGUACAGAAACAUCGAAGAACUGAAAAACGAUCGAAAUUUAAGAGAAAAAUAUCUUAUCGACCGAGCAAAAUGCACUGAUUGGCAAAACAUUGCACGACGUGAUAGGUUAUUUCGAAAAUUUUCUAAUUUACGAAUGGAAUUACGUCGGCAAGAAAACGAUACGUAUAAGUUGAAUUCUGUCGAAGAAUUAUGGGGACUUUGGCUUAAAACAACGUUUACCAAAGAAGAUUCAAUGACUGGAACACAUGCAAAUGACCUUACAGAUGAAUUACUUGACCAGAAAUUCCAAGAAUUCAGUUCGAAAGUCACCCGAGAUUACUCUUCGAAUGCAAUUUUUCAAAAUCCAUUCUAUUUAAUUUUAAAAGCCAACGAACAUCUAUACCAAAAGAAAAAUUACAAUCGAGCUGCUGAACUUUUACGAGUUGCCAUUGCAUCGGAUCCUAUAUUUGCUGUUAGCGCACGUUAUAAUCUUGCAUAUGCAUUGAUAAAACAAACGACGAAGAAUAAAUGUGAGGCCAAAGCAGAACUGGAGAAAGCUCUGGAAACUCUUGAAAAUAUUCUCAUCGCUCAGCACCAAACGAUGUUAAUUUCAUUCAAUACGAAUCCAAAUGAAACCAAUUCGAAACUCCAAAACGAUGCCGAAGAACAAAUCAUGAAUCGGAUUAAUCUUUUAUACCUAUGUAAAAGUUUAAUUGAAGAAGGAAUUGCUGUUAUCAACGAAGCCGAAGACAAUAAGAAAGACAUUCGUGUGCAAUAUAAAAUGUUGGAUGAAUUCUUCAGUGAUAUCAAUAAGCCAACAUUAGAUAUCGACGAAUUCAAAGAAAGUGGAUUUGUCGGAUUUUUUCAGUUGACUGCCAAGAAUCCAACGCCAUGGCUUAGUAUCAUCACUGUUGGUCUCAUUGGAAUGGCGCAAGCAGCUGUUGGUGCAGGGAUAAUCGUGUUUUCAGCGGGUGCAGCCAUCAAUCUUGGUGAUAAUCAAGCCGAUCAGAUACUCGAUCUGUUGUUCACAAAACUUCAGUUUAGUAUCUCGUUGAGCGAACGUUUUCUGCAACGACUCCAUCAGAUUGAAGAUUUCAAUGAAUUAGUUGCAUUUUUAACAUAUCUUUAUGAGAAAAAUGUGUCGGAUGAGAUCAAUUUGAGUGAGUAUUUUACGGAAGAAGUCAUUGCGAAGGAUUUAUUCUCCUGGUUGUUGGAUAUUCAAAGUGAUUUGAUUCGCAAGAAGAUUUUCACUGUUUGUCAGCAGCGGGGAUUCAAUGAACCAAAAGUAUUUGAAAACCUCCAAUCGAUUAUUUUGUCGAUCCGACUAAAUAGUUGGUCAUUUGAAAUCUUUGAAAAGUUCAUCGAAAUUCUGGAGACUAAACAAGACCAAUCGUUCCAUCUCAUCGUCGAAAAUCUGAUCAAUUCAUUGAUGGUAAUAAACAAUUUUCAAAUAUCGAGUGAAUACGAACAUAAAAUUGAGUCGAUAUUCAAAUCAACACCAAGUCACGACUGGUCAAAAGAAAUGCACCGAUUCGCUGUGUCCGUGUCAUUCGAUCGAAAUGAGCAAGAAAAAACCUUGACAGAUUUGAUCGAUGAAAUCAAAAAAUUAAAUGCUUUCGACAAUCCAAAGAUUGUUAGUGUCGAAAGGAUCUAUCGUGAACUGACAGUAGUCUAUGAUUCUGACUCAGAAUUCUAUCCCAUCGGAAAAGCAAUUAAGAUUUGGAAUGAAGAUGAGAUCACUAAAUGGUCUGCUCAAUACAAAUCACACCGAGUUGAAAAGUCUGAUAGGAAAACGUUCGAAUUAAUCGGUGUUAUUAAACGUGCUAUAUAUUUACACAAUCCCAAACAAAAAUUCGAACCUCGCACUAUACAAAUCAUCUCUUUGUUAUUACUCUUAGAUGCUUCCGAGAAGCACAUAGCUCGUUUAGCACAAAUCAAAACAGGCGAAGGCAAAAGUGUAAUCAUAGCCAUGUUCGCAGCAAUGAAAGCUUUGAACGGACACCAAGUUGAUAUCGUUACAACAUCGCCUUUGCUGGCUAAACGUGAUGCCGAGAACAAGAAAGCAUUUUAUGAAAUGUUGAACUUAACCGUUGGAGAAAACAGCGGUACAUCAACAGUAAAAGCUUGUUACAAAUGUGAUGUUGUCUAUGGGAAUGUCAAUGAAUUCCAAUUUGAUGUAUUAAGAGACGAAUAUAGUCUAUUGGGUACACGUUGUGAACGAAGAUUUGAUAUUGCGAUUGUCGACGAAGUUGAUAGUAUGUUUAUUGACGAGAAUUCCAAAGUUUGCCGUCUCUCCAAUAACAUACCGGCCAUUGACGAAUUGAAGAUCAUUUUAACCAUUAUCUGGCAAGAAUUGAAUCGAAUACAUGAACGAAUCGUUCGUAUAGACAAUAAAUUAUACUGUAUUAUGGUACCGUAUCGAACAGAUGAGAAUGGACAGAUUAUACUUAUGAAAGCAGUCGAAGUCGAUGAUGAUGGGAAGGUUCUUGAGAAUGCCACGGUUGCCGAUGAUGAUCAAGAGAAUUUUCUUGAGAUCGACGAUGCAUAUGUAUUUGUUGAAAAUCACAUUCAAAACUAUGUUCAAAACAAAUUAUUAAAACCAAAUGAAAACAACGAGUGUCUCAUUCAUAUUCCAAAGCAUUUGUUUUCUUUUGUUGAACAACAAAUACCUAAAUGGAUAUUCAACGGCUGGCAAGCAAAAUUUGCUUAUCGAGAAAAUAUCGAUUAUCUAAUCGCCGAGGACAAAAGCAAACGAAAAGCGAUCGUGCCGAUAGAUUAUCGAAAUACAGGUAUUAUACAAACGAAUACGUCAUGGCCUGAUGGCUUACAUCAGUUUUUACAAAUCAAACAUCAAUUACGGAUUACUGCAGAAAAUUUAACAACAAAUUUCUUGUCAAAUAUUGCAUAUUUUAGUCGAUAUGGCACAAAUCUAUUUGGUUUGACAGGUACACUUGGUACGCAAGAAGCGAAAGAUCUAAUUCAUUGUAUCUAUAAUGUGGACUUUGUGAUCAUACCAUCGUAUAAAUUCACUCAAUUCGUUUCGUAUCCGGAUCGACUAUGUCAAUCGGAAGAUGAUUGGUUGAAUGAAUGUAUAAACUCAAUUUCAAUCGAAGCCAAACAGAAUCAACGUGCUGUUCUAGUCAUAUGUGAAACCAAAUCGAAUGCAACGAUACUCUACGACAAACUGAUUGAAAAAGAUAAUCAGUUAAAAAAAUUCAUUAAACUUUAUACACGAAGUGACAAUGACGAACAGAAUGCAAUUGAAAAUGAGCUCGACUGUGGACAAAUUAUCGUGGCGACCAAUCUUGCAGGUCGAGGGACAGAUAUUGGCACGACGCAUCGAGUUGAAGACAAUGGAGGCCUUCAUGUCCUGGUCACAUUCUUACCAUUGAAUACGCGCGUAGAACAACAAGCCUUCGGUCGAACAUCGAGACAGGGUAAACGAGGUACUGCACAAUUGAUAGUUUACGAUUAUGAAAAUAAGUACAGAAAUAUGGAAGAACUGAAAAACGAUCGAAAUUUAAGAGAAAAAUAUCUUAUCGACCGAGCAAAAUGCACUGAUUGGCAAAACAUUGCACGACGUGAUAGAUUAUUUCAAAAAUUUUCCGAUUUACGAAAGGAAUUACGUCGACAACAAGACGAUACGUAUAAAUUAAAUUCUGUCGAAGAACUAUGGGGACUCUGGCUUAAAACGACAUUUACCAACGAAGAUUCAAUGACUGGAACACGUACAAACGAUCUUACAGAUAAAUUACUUGACCAGAAGUUUGAAGAAUUUAGUUCGAACGUCACGAAAGAUUAUUCUUCUAAUGUAAUUUUUCAAAAUCCAUUCUACUUAAUUUUAAAAGCCAAUGAUCAUUUAUAUCACAAGAAAAAUUACGAUCGAGCGAUCGAACUUUUGCGGGUUGCCAUUGCAUCGGAUCCUAUAUUUGCUGUUAGCGCACGUUAUAAUCUUGCAUAUGCAUUGAUAAAACAAUCGACGAAGAAUAAAAGUGAGGCCAAAGCAGAACUGGAGAAAGCUCUGGAAACUCUUGAAAAUAUUCUCAUCGCUCAGCACCAAACGAUGUUAAUUUCAUUCAAUACGAAUCCAAAUGAAACCAAUUCGAAACUCCGAAACGAUGCUGAAGAACAAAUCAUGAAUCGGAUUAAUCUUUUAUACCUAUGUAAAAGUUUAAUCGAAGAAGGAAUUGCUGUUAUUAAUGAAGCCGAAGUUAAUAAGAAAGACAUUCGUGUGCAAUAUAAACUGUUGGAUGAAUUCUUCAGUGAUAUCAAUAAGCCAACAUUAGAUAUCGAUGAAUUCAAAGAAAGUGGAUUUGUCGGAUUUUUCCAGUUGACUGCCAAGAAUCCAACGCCAUGGCUUAGUAUCAUCACUGUUGGUCUCAUUGGACUGGCGCAAGCAGCUGUUGGUGCAGCGAUAAUCGUGUUUUCAGCGGGUGCAGCCAUCAAUCUUGGUAGUAUGUUACUGAGUGAAGGAGUAAAUGAUAUGAUAUUCGCAAUAAAAUGUGGAAUGACGGGCGAAUUCAGUUGGAAAGAAUAUGGUAUACAGAAGGCGAUCAGUUUGACAAUAACGAUAGCGACAUGUGGAAUGAGUGCGUUGAAAGAAGCAGGCCAAUUGGCGAAAUCAGGUUUCAAAGGUUGUGUGAGUGCGAUUAGAGCUGCGACAGUUGGCGGCCAGCAGGUAAUUGGACAAUUUACAAAAAAUGGGUGGAAACUUGUUGGCGAACAGAUUGUUCACGCUUUUACUAAAGCCGGUGCUAGAGAAGUGAUAAAAACUGUAUUGGAUAAAACAGUUCUAGCUGAGAUUGGUAAAAAAAUUAAUCAAGAAAUAACUGAAAAUAUCCAGACAAAAGUUCAUCACGAUGUUCAACAAAAUGAAAUAAUCAACAAAUUCUUAAUUGUUAAUAUCGCUUUGCAAAAGCCGCAUGUUUAUUAUCAAGAAAUUGACAGAUUAGUUUGCCGAAUUUUACACCCGCAAAGCAAUCGAUUUGUUCAAGCGGCUAAAACGAUUGCUUCAGGAAUUUUAAAUCGAUUAACCAACGGCGUUACUGGACGUACCUUGCAUAUAAUUACUGCAGGGAAGUGCCUUGGCGAUCUAUUGAUAUUUCUCGAUAAAUUUCUUCGUGAAUUCAAUGAUGAUUUGGCCAAAAUGAAAGAUCAGCUAAAAAUCGAUUAUUUACUUCAUAGUAAUAAAUCAAACGAUAUGGAUAAACGAACAGCUAAAGAGAUAACUCAAUCUUUGAAUAAACAACAGUAUAUCGAUCGAGAUCAUGUUCAAGUACUCAAGCCGCUGGAGUUACCGGCAUUCAAACUGACUAUACAUGAAGCUCACCAGGUUUAUGUGAUGAAUCUGUGCAAUAAUAUUUAUACAGAAACAAUGAAACAGGCUGAAUAUGCAAUCGAGAAAAAUUUGAUUACCCAAACAAUAAUAACUCGACUUGCUGAUUAUAUGACUAGUCGUCUUAAUGCGGAAUUAAUCAAUCCACUUGUACAUGCUGGCGUCGAUGCGACUGUGGAUCAUUUAGCAAACAAAAUCGAACAGGCAUAUGCUGAUAGCCGAGAAACAUUAGAGGCACGAAUAAGAAACCGCCGUGCUCAAAAUGAUAUCAUUCGGCAAGGAGAAUUUUUACGGAAGCGAACUGGUAAACAGCAAAAGAAGGAUCAAAACAUUUCUCCUCAGAUUCAAGAUCUUGCUAGUGCUGUAGAGAAUGAUGCUCCUGGUGAUUUGAAAGAUAUUAUCGCUGUAAGUGCCAAACUUGGGCGUCCAGUACAGAUUCACCGCAAUGGGAAAUACGAUCUGACUAUUGGCGAUCCAAAUUCAGGAGAGCCAUUGAAAGUUAACUUUGAGGAAGCGCAAAUGGGCAAUAUUGGACAUUACACUGAUGUGAAUGGCAAUAAUGACAUUGUCAGAACAGGUGCAACGGAUUGUUUAUUUGAUGUACUCAGUACUCAAACGAACAUGACAUCGAACGAAUUAAGACAAGUGGCAGCUGCUGGGAUACGAGAGAAUUCGGACUUAUAUCUCAAAAUGAUGCCUUCUCUUGAUCAUCUCAAACAAAAUCCAGACAGAAGUUUAUUGUACGCAGGAGGUGACAACGCAGAAUACAUAAGAGCUAGAAAUCAUUCCUGGGAUAGUAUCUUGGACGAUAAAUAUUUGCCAUCGAGAAAAAUACUCGAGGAAGGUCUUAACAAUGUCCUUGCUGCAAUGGGAAAUGAUCCUGCUGCAAUUAAAGGGAAACUCGUUUUAGAGACAAUAAUACACGAUAUUUAUGAUGAAGAUGUCGCAGAAGUGAUCGCUCGCGACAAACAGAUGAGAAACAUUUUCUAUGAUUCGUUAAAUCGACGUUUAGCCUACUUCAAAAUGGAGAAUCAAGAAUUAUUUGCUAAAUCCAAUACUUUGAGAACCAGUUUUAACAAUGUAGCUUCGUAUUGGAAGAGCAAAACACAUUCUCAAGCUGAUUGGAAGCUUUAUUAUUCUCAAGCAAAUGUCAAUGCUAAUUUCUCAAAAUGUGAUAGCUGGAAAGCUACGGAUUUCUUACCACAGCCAGUGAGGAACAUGAUUGCAGGUCAACGUAUUGAGACAGCUGGUAAAGAAGCUAUCGUAACAUAUGGUCCUGCGGUAGCUCCCGUGCAAUUUUUUUCAUAUUGCGGUAAAUUAGUCGCUAUUGAUAAUAGAAUGACUUUGGCUCAUGAAUUAGCUGGAAAUCCUCCGCUAAGGCUUAUUCCUGCUAAACCGUCUAAAACGGAAUUCAACAGAAUGGGCAAUCCAGGAAUACCUCGUGAAAAUAAACCGGAAUAUGACAAAAAUGCUUGA